CAGUCGUCGUAUAAAGCACUUGAGGAAGUGCCGCAGGGAUUGUCCGUUGGCUUGAACGAUGGGAGACAAGGGCAAGCAACUUGAGUUCAUCGACGUUCCUGCCGAGCCGCAAGACUCUCCAGUGACGUCUCCUCGCUCGAGGACCACCACAGCCUCGUCUUCUGUGGAAAACUCGCCACGGGCGACGCCUGCAACCGCUGGCUUGUUGUCAGGGGUAACCGAGUCUGUGCGCAAAGCCAAGCAUCCCGUGGCAGCGGCAUUUCAUCUGUUUUUCAAAUUCCUCGCGAUUGGCGUGUACAUUUUAGGCGGGUUCGUCUCGAACAGCUUUGUUUUCAUCUUUGUCAUCUGUGUACUGCUGCUGGCGUUCGACUUUUGGACCGUGAAAAACGUGUCGGGUCGGCUGCUGGUCGGGCUUCGAUGGUGGAAUCGCAUCAACGAGGACGGAUCGAACGACUGGGUGUUUGAGUCGUUGGAAGACAUGUCUGAGAUCGAUCCCCUCGACGCCAAAAUCUUCUGGACAGCUCUGUAUGGUGCACCGGUCGCGUGGGCCUUGUUCCUCCUCGUCGCUGUGCUCAAGCUCAACGUGGAAUGGGCGCUCAUUGCCAUCGUGGCGCUCACGCUUAGCGGUGCGAACGUGGUGGGGUACACCAAAUGCAGCAAAGACGCCAAGUCGAAGAUGCACUCGAUGAUGACCGCCGGCGCGCUAGAAGCACUGAACUCGUCGGCGGGGGCGAGCUUUCUAUCAACGAUCUCCAACUUGGCCUUCUCCAAUGCCGCGGGAGGCUCUGGGCGAUCGUCGCGGCAGCCGGCCCAUCCCAGUGUUGUCGUCUAGCUGGCGUUCAUUUGUUAAUACUGGCGUUUGUCGCCUUGAAAACGGCCAGCAUUUCUUAUACGGAUCGAUGUCCUGUUAUGUUGCGA